AUGGCUCAGUCGUCUUUAUCUGGCGUGCUUACAUCUGUCAAGCCCAUAACUAGUCUUCUGGGGAGUCCGCUUCGACUUUCAUUGAACUCAUCCUUACAAAACCGAGAGCACCCUAUCUACCCCAAGGAUACCCGAUUCCGGGGACCACUAGAGCCUCUUCCCCUGAAGCAGAGAAUUCCUCCGCGAACAUGGGAUACUCAUAUGCACGUCGUGGAACCGCAGCGUUAUCCAGUCUCUGCGGCAGCAAUCUAUCAGCCCUCACCACACACACUUGACGAGGCCAUAGCAUUUGAAUCUUCGCUUGGGAUUGAAAACUUUGUGCUUGUUCAACCGUCGAUAUAUGGAACCGACAAUUCUUGUCUCUUGGAAGCCUUACGACAAGUCGGAUCCUCUCACGGCCGAGGGGUGGUGGUCAUUGACCCGGCCACCAUAGAGGCUGACACUCUGACUGAAUGGCACUCACUGGGAGUGCGUGGCGUUCGGGUGAACUUGAAGUCCGUGGGCAAGGUGCUGAGCGAGCAGGAGUUGACCGAGACCUUAAUGCAGCACGCCGAAGUGGUGCGGCCUCUGGAUUGGAUCAUCCAAGUCUAUAUCUCCCUGGACAUGGUCCCCAUGCUGGAGCGCAUUGCGCCGCAACUUGGGGUCAAAGUCUGUAUCGACCACUUUGGUGCACCGAAUCUCCUCUCAUUGACACAAACGGGAGAGAAGUCGUUCGAUCCAUACUCUCUCCGGGGGUUUUCAUCUCUGAUUUCACUCCUCCGCGGUGGAGAUACUUAUGUCAAAAUCUCCGCCCCCUAUCGGUUUACCAACGACAAGGAGAUGCGCGAUCUGGAGACGAUCAUUCGAGAGUUCCUACGGGAAGCGCCGGACCGAGUUCUCUACGCGACCGACUGGCCGCACACCCGAUUCUCCGCGGUUGACAUCGAGCCAUUUACAGAGCUAUGUCUACGACUAUGCGGUGACGUACCCGGACUAGCCGAGCGUGUCUUCCGACAGAAUGCAGAAGACUUGAUGGAUGGGAGGAGGCGUUAA